CAAUGACGUCAUGACUAUGCCUAUAGGCGGAGCAAAAAGGAAAGCGAAGCGAAUGAGACUCUAUUCCCAAGUUUAUGUGCACAUUCUUCUCUUUCUCGCAUCAUUCUCUUCCCAUAUCAUUUCUACGUUAACGUCGUUCAUACUUAGUGCCUAAAAAUUAGAGUCGGAUUCGUGCAUCUCGAGCUAGCUUAGCAUGCUAGCAACGAGUUGCGAACAAAGAAGACGCGGAAGGAAGGGACAUACUUUGCGCAGAAGACAUAAAGUGUGUUUCUGUGAAAAUGUGUAAAGUUGAAAUGCUGAGAGCGUUGCUGAGUCAGCGACUCAGUGCGGCCGUGGAAGAAAUAUUUGGAGUGUUUGAAAGAACGAUAGCAGAGUACGAGGAGGAACUUUCUCGGACAAAGGAGGAGAACGAGCGACAACGUCAACUACUGGAAACCGUUUUCAAGAAGACUCAAGAUGAAUUGCACAGAGAAGAUACAGGAACAGGAGAAGGCGUUGACGUGAUCAAGGAACUAGAGCCCCUACACAUUAAAGAAGAAGAGGAGGAGGCUGAUAUCACUAAGUCGGCAGUGAUUCAAAUCACUGUGAAGAGUGAAAAUAAUGAAGAUAAAGGGCAAAGUGAGCUGAACAAACAGGAUGAGAACCUGAGCAGCAGUUCAAGUCAAGUCAUGUCUACAAAAGGUGAUGGAGACCACGGCAAAGGAUCACAAGUAGAAAGCCUCCUUGCGCCACUUUCAGAUUGUGAUGACAUGAUGUCACACUCUCCUUACACUGAUGAUGAACAUUCCAAAGGUGAUCUGGUAUGUCACAAUGACAACAAACAUGUGAAAUGUUCCCAGUGUGACAAACUAUUUUAUGACAAGUCAAAUUUAAACAGACACAUGAGGGUCCACACAGGAGAGAAACCCUUCACAUGCAUGAUUUGUGGCAAAUGUUUUAACCUGAAGGACUCUCUUGUCCGACACACAAGGAUCCACACGGGAGAGAAACCAUUUAGCUGCUCAGUGUGCGGGAAAAGAUUUUCAAUUAAAGGAACUUUGAAUAUACAUGCACGAACGCACACCGGGGAGAAACCAUACCACUGCUCAGUAUGCAAUGCAAGUUUUAGUUGUCAUUCCGGACUUGGUCAACACAUGAGAAGACACACUCGCAGAAAAGCUUUUGUAACGUCACCACCUUCAACAUCUAUGAUGAAAGAGGCAGGGCCAUGAAGCUGUUCACCUUUUCCGUGUGUGUGUGUGUGUGUGUGUGUGUGUGUG